AUGGAGGCCGCCGUGAGGGGGCGGCGCGCAGUUGUGACUGCAGUGGCGGUGACGAUGCUGCGCGGGCCACUGCGGAUUGCCGAAGAGGACCGUGAGCUCCUCCGCGUGUUCGCCCGCCCGCGGGGAAGGGGAUUCGAGCGCGGUGCUGUACAAGCUGGUCAACCGGGGCACGGGCGAGUACGAGAGGACGUCGGUGAUCUACACUGCGGCGGCCGCCGUCGCCGAGGGCGGCCGGGAGGGGAUGCGGCGGCGGGUACUGGCCGUAUCCUCCAAUCCCCAUCCUAUGGUACGGAGGUGGCGCUGCGCGAGCUCCUGCUCCUGCUCGGCUCGCGGCCACGGCGGCCAGGGCUGCGGUGCCCACGCCAGCCACCAACGCCAAGAGGAGGACGCCACGAUUGGUUAGCGUCAGGUGAGUCGGCGUCGGCGGCGCGGAGACGCUGCGCUCCGAGGACGCCGAGCCGGCGGUGUCGACGGUGCCACGGUCGGUGCCGGUGCGCGUCGCCUACGAGCUGCAGCAGGCCGGCCACCGCUACCUCGACGUACGGUAUGGACGACACAGCACAGCCACGCUCCCUGUUUCACCUGUUGGUUCUGAAUCCGAUGGUAGUUGAGAGACGCGGCGUUGAAGAGCACGAGAACACAUUUUUUUUACAGAUGAUUCAGUUGUGA